CGCUCUCAUCACUGGUCCAGAGCAGCGGCGGCGCGCGGCGCCUCACAGAGCUGUCAGGACAGGAGCGGCAGCAUCGCGGCGCGCGGAUCACAGCGCUCGCGGUCCGAGGGGAUGGAGGCGCGCGGCGAGCGCUCUGUUUACAGCGCCACGAAGUGCCCCGUGCGUCUGCCGCGCGCUCCGCGUGAACAUCACCGCCCGGCGUCUCAGUAGCUGUGUGCGCGCGCGCUUCUCGCGGGUGUCCGGCGUCCGCCGCCAGAGACAUGGCCGCGCGAAGUUUGGACUUCUCCGACGUGGAAAGUUUCCUGGACAAGCACCCCGAGCUCCUGGAGGACUACCUCAACAGGAAGGGCAAGUACAGCAUGGUGGAGCGCUGGCUGCGCACCCACCAGGCGCCCAGGAGCACCGGCGGCUCGAACCCGAACCCGAGCCCGGCGAGCCCUGCGAGCCCGAGUCCCGGCUGCCCCGGGGACGCCCAGGACAGGAGCGCGCCCAGGGACAGCUGGGCGAGCCGCAGCGACGGGCUGCGCAGACGCGCCUCCCAGAAGGAGCUGCGCAAGACGUUCGCGCGCUCCAAGGCCGUGCACGCGAACCGCACGUACGACGAGCAGGUGAACUCGCGCGCGCAGGAGCCGCUGAGCAGCAUGCGCAGGAGAGCGCUGCUGAGGAAGGCCAGCUCGCUGCCCCCCACCACGGCCCACAUCCUGAGCGCGCUGCUCGAGUCGCGCGUGAACAUCCCGCAGUACCCCUCCACGGCCGUGGACUACAAGUAUUACCUGAAGGAGCACAACGAGCGCGAGUUCUUCCUGGAGCUCGUGAAGGACAUCUCCAACGACCUGGACCUCACGAGCCUCAGCUACAAGAUCCUGGUGUUCGUGUGCAUCAUGGUGGACGCGGACAGGUGCUCCCUGUUCCUCGUGGAGGGCACGGCCAACAAGAAGACCCUCGUGUCCAAGUUCUUCGACGUACACGCGGGCACGGCCGUGCUGCCCUCCCUCAGCAACUCGGACGAGGUGCAGGUGCCCUGGGGGAAGGGCAUCAUCGGAUACGUGGCCGAGCACGGCGAGACCGUUAACAUCCCCGACGCGUACCAGGACCGUCGCUUCAGCGAUGAAAUCGACAAGCUGACCGGGUACAAGACCAAGUCGCUGCUGUGCAUGCCCAUCCGCAACAGCGACGGCGAGAUCAUAGGCGUCGCUCAGGCCAUCAACAAAAACCCGGGCGGCGCCCUGUUCACCGACGAUGACGAGAAGGUGCUGCAGAUGUACCUCCCAUUCUGUGGAAUCGCCAUCUCCAACGCCCAGCUCUUUGCUGCCUCCAGGAAGGAGUACGAGCGGAGCAGAGCCCUGCUUGAGGUGGUCAACGACCUGUUUGAGGAGCAGACGGACCUGGAGAAGAUCGUAAGGAAGAUCAUGCAGCGCGCCCAGACUCUGCUCAAGUGCGAGCGCUGCUCCGUGCAGCUGCUGGAGGACAUCGAGUCUCCGGUGGUGAAAUUCACCAAGUCCUUCGAGCUGCUGUCCCCAAAAUGCAGCGCGGACGCCGAGAGCAGCUUUAAGGACAGCAUGGAGAAGUCGUCAUACUCGGACUGGCUCAUCAACAACAGCAUCGCAGAGCUGGUGGCUUCCACCGGCCUUCCCGUGAACAUCAGCGACGCGUACCAAGACCCGCGCUUUGAUGCCGAGGCCGAUCAGUUCUCCGGCUUCCACAUCCGCUCCGUGCUCUGCGUGCCCAUUUGGAACAGCAACCACCAAAUAAUUGGGGUGGCCCAGGUGCUGAACAGGCUGGACGGGAAGCCGUUCGACGACGCGGACCAAAGGCUCUUCGAGGCUUUUGUCAUCUUCUGUGGCCUUGGCAUCAACAACACCAUCAUGUACGACCAGGUGAAGAAAUCGUGGGCGAAGCAGUCUGUGGCUCUCGACGUCCUGUCUUACCAUGCAACCUGUUCUAAGACAGAGGUGGACAAGUUCAAGGCGGCGAACAUCCCCCUCGUCUGCGAGCUGGGUAUCGACAAGCUGUCCUUCGACGACUUCUCCCUGGAUGCGGACGCCAUGAUAACGGCGGCUCUACGUAUGUUCAUGGAGCUCGGCAUGCUGCAGAGGUUCAAGAUUGACUACGAGACGCUCUGCAGGUGGCUGCUGACGGUGAGGAAGAACUACCGCAUGGUGCUCUACCACAACUGGCGGCACGCCUUCAACGUGUGCCAGUGCAUGUUCUCCAUGCUGACCACUGCUGGCUUCCAGGAGACCCUUACUGAGCUGGAGAUCCUGGCUCUUAUCGUGGGCUGCAUCUGCCACGACCUGGACCAUCGCGGGACCAACAAUGCUUUUCAAGCCAAGACGGGCUCGGCUCUAUCGCUGCUGUACGGCACCUCGGCCACAAUGGAGCACCAUCACUUCAACCACGCCGUCAUGAUCCUGCAGAGCGAGGGCCACAACAUCUUUUCCAACCUGUCUUCCCGGGAGUACAGUGACGUGAUGCAGCUCCUGAAGCAGUCCAUCUUGGCGACGGACCUCACGCUGUACUUCGAGAACAGGAACACUUUCUUCGAGCUGGUCAAUAAGGGCGAUUACAACUGGAACGUGAAGAGCCACAGAGACAUGUGCAGGUCCAUGUUGAUGACAGCGUGUGACCUGGGAGCAGUGACCAAGCCCUGGGAAAUAUCGAGAAAGGUGGCGGAGCUGGUCACCAGCGAGUUCUUCGAGCAAGGGGACAGGGAGCGAUCCGAGCUGAAGCUCACGCCAUCUGCCAUUUUCGAUCGGAACAGAAAGGACGAACUUCCCGGACUGCAGCUGGAGUGGAUCGACGGCAUUUGCGCCCCGUUGUACGAGACUUUGGUCAAGCUGAACCCGAAGCUGCAACCCACGGUCGACCUGAUCCGGGACAACAGGUCCAAGUGGGAAGAGCUCCACAGAGAGCGCCAGCUCAGCCGGGACGGCGUCCUGAGCGACGGCGGCGGCGGCGGGGCCCCCCCGGCCCCAGAGAACACGAGCUAGCUCCUCCGAGCCCAACCUUCCGGGCUUCUCCUCCCGGCCUCUCGCCCUCUCGGCUUCUUUGCCAGAAUCUGCAGCCUUGAGCAACAGGUUGUGCUGUGCAUGCAGAGUUUGUAGCGCUCUGCUCUUAGCUUUCGCUGCCCUCCUCCUCUCCUCGGGGCGGGCGUCCGCUUGGCCACGCGUUAGUCAGGACAGAUGUAGGUUUCUGCCUUCCUGCCAAGACCUUUUGCAUGGGACUCAGGGGCGCCUUGUAGAUAGAGACCGCGGCGGUGCCAGAGGUCCCCGCGCUGACCGAGGGAGGGCCGACACGCGGCGCCACGCGAGAGGGACGGCUGGCCGGAUGGCCGGACGCCUCCGCAACCGCAUUUGUCAUCCUGUCAAGCCGUGGUGUUGCGGAGCGAGACGGGCUAACAGACGGGGUGUCGCUAGUGGGUGUCCUGCGCGUUUCGCCAGCGUGACCCCCGGGACGCACCCAUCCCACGCUUCCCGGCAGCCCUCCGGGUCAGGACCGGCAACUCUUUUCUACUGUACAUAUACGUACUCUAUGUGUUUUAUAGCGGCCGCACUCAACGGCGGACAUCUCACACGAGUUAGUGCUACGGCUUUGCGACGCGUUAGCGAGACCCCCGGCCUGCGGUCGGGCAGGGAAAAGGCACGACAUCCUCCCCUCCCUCGGCAUCUCCGCACACGGGCCGGACGCAGCGCGCCAUGUUUAUGAGCGCACGCCAAUACGACAUUCCGUCGCGGCGUUGGCUCCCGUCCCCCGCCUCAUCCAAAUUCGCUUAACGUACAUUGGCGCCCGUCCACGUGACGGCCAACACAAUUUCAAGAAACAGCGGCGUCAAAGGCCCACCGCCGCUCAUUGGUUAGUAUGGAGAAAUAAGUGCCGUAAAGUAAUUGGAACAUCGAGACUGCUGUACUGCACGCCGGUGCUACAGUAAAAACAGAAAGUUUCUGAGAAACACGCAGCAAACGUACUGAACGCCAGCGUUUCGGCCGUUUAGAAGGUUUUCAUUUUCAAAGACUCGCAAGAACGGAUGAUUCGGGCCGACAUUGUGAUUCCAGCAGAGUCGGCGAUAACUCGACUCGACGAGGGCUCGGCACGACACUCCUUUAAUUCCCCGGAACACGGGCCCAUAUUAGACGCGCCGACAUUAGUCCUGAAAUGCAGGAAUGACGACGGCGUUAACGACAUGGAGGCCGGAUCGUUGCACGCUGAGAUGCUGUAGGCGUACGCUGAUACCUUAAUACGGGUGCACUUUAAAGCAAGCAAAUUAUGGCAUAAAUUUACCAGACCACUGUCCCCCAGUGCAGUUAAAAACGAAAGACAGCCCUGAUGUGAAAGGUGAUUACUACGGCGUUUUUACAUACUGCUAAAUAAAUACACGUCUUUAAUUCCUAAUGUCACGAGAGACCAGUGAGCAACAUAGACAUAUUUGGAAUUUAUUAUGGAUGAUAUUUCAUCAUUGUAGACUUGAGGCACCUGCAGUUCAUGUACCAGGCAGAAGAAAAUUAACUGUUCCAGCACUAUACAUCCGGUUUGUAAAACUGGACCAUUGCGCAGCGAGGACAUCCGUCCGUCGUUUUGUCAUUAACUGAUGAUGCAUGGAUUGCGAAGCAUAGCGAGUUAAGUAUCGAAUAAACCGUCUCCGUACUCUCUUUUUCGGUUGUGACCUACGGUACGAACGCUUUCGCAUUAAAAGGGGCAAAAUAUUUUCAGGUUCCUGCUUCUAUUUGUUUGGCCGCGAUCGGCGUCGGCGUUUUAUCAGUUUGCACCUUGGCAUGAUAUUUGUAAAUGGCCAGUGUUUUUGUUAAGUUUGUCAAAAUAAAUCUGCUGCAAAUCACCCUUUGUC